AUGCAGGCCCCACUCGCCUUGUGCCUGGACCGCCAUCUGCAGCGCGGCAAUAUCAGUCAGGUGCUUGCCUGGGACAUUUGGCAGCCUCAUGAACCCCCGCAAUAUCUCGCAGCAGGUGAGGAGGAACAGGGUGCCGAUCCAACGUCGUGCAGCAGAGUACAAACGGCUGGUCUGGAUCGAGGCCUUGAUAUUAGCCUUUUUACCAGUUAUUUAGAUGCUUUUUUUCACAACGUCCACGUCUUGAACCCGGUGCUAGACGAACAGCAGAUCCGGGCUCAGCUGACGAAUUUUCUGCUCAAUGGCAAUGGCUGGGACGCGGCUUCCUGCCUUCUCCUGCUCGUGCUCGCCAAUGGGGCCUGCUCGUCUGAAUUUGGCGAGCUCUCGACGACCGGUCCCACCGGCGGUCGAGAUGAGCAACGGUGGGCAAAUGCACAGGCCUUGUUCGAUGCCGCGGAGAAGCGCAAGGACACGCUGUGGCGCAGCGACUAUCUGACGCAGGCCAGAUGCCACUUCUAUAGUGGCAUGUUCAUGAUGGUCUCGAUGCGACCUUUCGACGCUUGGCGCCAUUUCCUCCAGGGGCUGGCCACUUGCCAAAGGUCGACAGCCCCGGCGCACCCCCGUAGGCCCCGAGAUCCUGCCCAGGUUGAGAAGCAGGCUAAAGAGAGCAUCUAUUGGUCGUGUUGGAAGUCUGAGCGAGAGCUCCGCUUUGAAUUGGACAUGCCUAAUUUUAGUUCGGCGGGAUAUGACCAUCCCAUCAUGUUUCCGACUCUACCACCACAAGUGUUUGACCAAGAGCAGCUCCGAGCGUGGUACUUCUACCUAGCGGAAAUUUCACUCUGGCGCUCCGAAAUGACGGCACGGAAAACAUUGUCAGAGUUUGUGAGGCAACAACCAAGUGCUUUGGAAGCUCUGGCGGAGCGGAUAGUUGAUCUAGAGACAUCUUUGGCUUCCUGGCAGGCUUCGUUGCCGGAUGCAAUCAGCCUUAACGCCGGCCUACAGAGCAGUACAGUAGACGUGCUACACUUCGUCCUGCAGGGUCGACUGACUUACAACUACGAAGUGCUGACAUGGCCAUUUCUGGAGACCCAGUUGCUAUUCGCAGCGCACAGAACCGCCCGUGCAUCCGAACUGGCUGCCAGGGGCUUGCGUGUUCACUACGAUCGGCUCUCAAUCAACCGCCCUGGGUUCUAUUAUCUGCACCAUGGCACUUGGCUGAUGCAGCGCUCGUCGACACGCAGUGCAUGCAUCCUCUUGGCAGUCGCCCGGAGCAAUUUCUCUGAUCUCCUACCGACGGGGUGGCAAGCGUUAGUGUCAGAUACAAUCGCAAUGCUCGAGUACUGGAGUGAGACGCCCGAGGAUGAAACCGUUGUCUUUUUGAAAUCUGUCUUGCUCGAAUUUAUGCAAUAG